AUGCUACUGACGCCUUCAGCCACAUCCUCGCCCUGGACAUUGAGGACGAAAGGGCGGGCCAUGAAAAUGCGCUUUGAGUCAGGGUUCAAUGGGGUUUCUUCAACAUCAGAUGCGCGCCCCUGCCUGUUCUCCAGAGGGAGGUUGCAGUUGGAAGUCUACACUUGGAGGAUCCAAGAAGCUGUUCUAGCACUAGAGCCUAACCCAGAUCACUUCACCAAGGUCCGUUGGGAGGAAGGCUUGCGCCGGGAGAUGUUUGCCAUCAGGGGUAUCUGUGGCGACCUCGUGUUGGCGGGUCAUGCUGACCAUAUUGACCAUGGCGGAGUUAUCGCCAGUGUCCUCAGCAUCUGCACUUUCAAUCACGAAGUUCUGCGCCCCAUCAGCAUUGACAUCAAGGCAAUUCCACACCCCACCACCCUCGUUCCUCGUCCUAAGAACCUACUCGAGGAUUCACCCGACUACUGGUGGAAAUGGGAUCAUCAGGUUGGGCCGGUGGGGAGCCCUAUGGAGGCCUGGUGGUACAAACUUGGUGAUCCCUGGAAGAAGGUGUACACCAUCUCCGAGUCUACACUGGUGCAGCUUGAACAGCUGCAUGUUCGCGUCGCGAACCUCACUAGUUGGUUGCACAAGAGGACAGAUCAGAACCUGGAUGUGGUGCUGGAAGAGCUGCGGGACGCGACGCGGCAGCUGCAUGAGUUAGGAAUGUAA